UUCUAUGAAUAUUGAAGAAGAAUUUGCCUUUAAUUUGAUUGAGCGUGUGGUUGACUUAAUUGUUAUAUUCUGCUCGGAUACAAAAUCAUAUUUUACAGAGUACGUCACUCUUUUAAUUGUCUAAGAAAAAUCAAAGUUGUAAAUAAGAAGAAAAAAGUUAGAGAACUCUAAAAUUCAUAAUUACACUGUUUGUUUUAAGAUGUCACGGUUUGGAUACUAAGGCCCACAUAAAUAUUGGAAGGAGCAGCCCGUUACCGGCUCCGUUCCGCCCUUCGCACCCGCCAUUGACGGCCCUUCUUCAGUCCCCUCUCUCUGCCAGAACCACCGUUGCAGGCUGUUUGAUUUGUAGAACAACAUAAACCUAUUAGUUAUUUAUGGUUUCAAUCCUCAAAUUCCGUAGAAUCUUCUACACAAUAGAAGCCACACGCAAAGAAUCAUAUGGUGCUUUGAGACACUGUCAUUCUGAGAAGCUAUGUAGAGUAGGGCUUUUCUGGGAUUUGGAUAACAAACCACCCAAUUCAAUUCCACCCUAUGAAGUUGCCAAUAAGCUCAGAAUAGCUGCAGCUUCCUUCGGGGUUGUUCGCCAUAUGGUGGCUUAUGCGAAUAGCCACACUUUUAACCAUGUUCCUCAUGUUGUUCGGGAGAGUCGGAAAGAGAGGCAAUUGUUGUAUAGUUUGGAGAAUAAGGGUGUGAUCAAACGUAAUGAGCCUCAUCUUUGUCGUGUUUGCGGGAGAAAGUUUUAUACUAAUGAAAAACUUGUUAACCAUUUCAAGCAGCUGCAUGAGCGUGAGCACGCGAAAAGGGUGAAUCAGAUAGAGUCUGCUAGAGGGAGUAGGAAAGUGAAAUUGGUGGGAAAGUAUUCUAUGAAAAUGGACAAGUAUAAGAAGGCUGCAAGGGCUGUUCUGACUCCUAAAGUUGGGUAUGGUUUGGCUGAUGAGCUGAAACGGGCAGGGUUUUGGGUUCAAACCGUGUUGGAUAGGCCGCAAGCUGCAGAUGUUGCGCUGCAAAAGCAUAUGGUGGAUAUGAUGGAUCACAGGCGGGUUGAGUGCAUGGUCCUUGUAUCGGAUGAUUCUGAUUUUGUUGAUGUGAUAAAGGAAGCAAAGUUGCGAUGUCUCAAGACUGUUGUUAUUGGGGAUAUUAGUAGUAACGGAGUCUUGAAAAGGACUGCCGAUACUGCAUUUUCCUGGGAGGAAAUUUUGAUGGGGAAGGCUAAGAAGGAGGCUGUAUCGGUUAUGGAAAAUUGGAAAGAUCGUGAUAUAUUGAAAAGGUUGGAGUGGACGUACAAUCCAGGUGUGGAUAAAAAGAAACUCAACAUGGAUGAUGCAGAUGCUGAAGCAUCUGGAGAUGAUGAUAUUGAAGAUAUCUAUGAUGAAAUUGAUAAUGACUACAAUGAUGACAAAGGUUCUUGGUGGAAAUUAGACUCCGAUGAUAAUGAUGUUACAAAUUGAUAAUCACUGAAAGCUAUCCAUCUUACAUGUGAAGCUCGUCAAGAAAGCUACUGAUAUUGUAGAUUUUAAGUAGAUCAAUGCCAACCUAAUGCAAUUCUUGAUAAUUAUAUAUUAUGUCUGGUUUGCUGCUUUCCAAAUACAUAUUUCAGUCGUUCAACCAUGAUUUUACAAUUUAAAUUUGUUUGUGUAAACUCUUGUUCUGGCUUCAAAUGCAAAAAUUAUGCUCAAAGAUGAUUUUGUUAGAAUUAUUUUGUUGUUUAUCCUAUACACACUUAAUUAUGUUAUUUAUCUAAA